AUGACCGACGCGACUGAUUCAAUUGCUAACAACCCAGUAUCAUCCUGGGGCCAUAAGUCUGAAAAUGCUGUUAACUCGAGUGGAGUCAGAUUUUCUGUUAAGGUAAGAGACUUCGAGGACAUUGAGAAAUGUGUAUUUCAGUUCAUGGGCUACGUACCAAUGCCAAGAUCAAUUCAACACAGAAAUAGAGAAGAAAGGGAUGCUCUUGUAAGACUUUUCAUAAACACAGUGGUUGCAUCCAACUCAUCUGACCAGUACAAAGAAUUCAUGCAGCAAGGAAUAGUUGGUCCAUUUGUCAGUGUACACGAGUUGGAUGUUUUCCUGAAUAUUGCCAAUUUCACUCUAACAUUUUUCCAUAUCAAAGAUGGUAGGACGUUUCUGCUCGGACGAUAUAUGAACGACCAGAUUUCACAUUACAAGUGGACAGAGAUAGAUGGGAGGUUCUAUCUUGGGAUAAUCAUGAAAACUCGACAAAAUGACAAAAGGGAGUGUAAUGUGAUUAUGCUCGAUAACCAAACGGCGACUAAUGAGUUGAUCCAGAAUAUGAAAACUGUGGAUGGUAUUGAUCAUCCCCCGACGUCCAAGUUGGAAGCUCGUUUGAGAUCCACCCAAGACUAUGCAUACAGAAUACAUAUGCUAGCCUGUUUUCAUGGACAAAUUAACCAUGAAGAAGCAUGUCGGCGGUUGUCGAAAAUUGGGGAUUUCCUUAUCAGAGAGAGCUGCACUGUACAUGGACAAUAUGCAAUAUCGUAUCAAUCUGGGAGUAAUAGUUAUGACAAAGCGUUGAUCAAUGUGGAUAAUAUCAAUUUAUUCAAACAGUUCCAAGUUCAGGAAAGCUAUUUGAAAACUCCUGUGCCCAGACCACGUCAUUAG